AUGAACCCUAAUAUGCUUGCGAAGCUAUUGCCGAUAUUUUUAUUCAACUCUGCUGUUGUCGAAAGUCUUAGAUUUGACUCGUUCAAUGGGCAGGUUAGAGAAGAUAGGCAAUACUUUGAUGCGUUCAUUGCGAAAUUGAGUGAUAAUCCAACACACAAUGCACUGCACAGUAUUAUUGUGGAAUCAAUUUCAAUGAAGAAUGCAUCGGUUCCGAUUCCUGAUAUCCCGAUCUUUAUGUAUCCUUUUGCUGAUUUGCAUAAAUUUAACAUGAGCUUUGAUGUUUUCUCUAGUCAUCCCUUUAAAGGUGACGAAGAUUUUCUGAACGUUACAGUUAAAGAUGAAUUUGCAAGUGAUAACAUUUCCUACUACAUUGGGUAUUUAAACACUAGUCAAUUCAACAAUGCAAAUAUGGAUUUAGAAGUUCAGGCCACAUUGAAUGUUAAGGAAAAUGGGGAGUAUUCAGCUGUGAUGAGAAUCCCAGAAGAAGUUGAGGAGUUGCAUACCAAGGAAAGGAUCAUAAACUCAUAUGGGUAUUUGCCAUUUGAGGUAUACAGUACGUUACAUUCACAAGUCAUUUAUUGUAUCAUUUUGACUUUGUUGAUCGUAUUAAUGAGCACUACUUUCUUUAAGGACGGUAUAUCUGCUGAUAAGAAUGGUGCAUGGUUCAGUAUUUCUUCAGUUGCAAUCAUAUUUAAAUACUUUUUUUGCUUUGUUUACUUGCCACAUUAUUUUAGUACAAUCAUUCGACUUGCGUUUAAUUUUUAUUUCAAUUAUAAUGAGGUAGGCAGCCUAUAUGAGGACCAGCUGCUACUUAGUAUAUUAGAUUGGGCUGAUCACAUCAUCAACAUAACCGAAAGAUAUAUUUAUUUCCUACUCGCUUCAGGAUAUGGGAGUAAGUACGCCGGACCGUCAUCAUUACCUAAUCCAAUGCCUAAAAAAUUGUGGAAUACAGGGUUGAUUCUUUACAUUGCAAACAUUGUAAGCUUUUCUUUCUCAAGAAAAAUUCACAUGUUCGUUAAUAAAAGGAGAAAUAUUUUCACGUUUGUUUUGUCAGAGUUCUUUCAACGUCUGAUAGAUUUUACAUACCUUGCAAUGUGGAUGAUGAUUAUUGUUGUGAACUUUUUUAGCAACCUCAAGAACCUUGGCAAGCAUUCAUAUAAUGAAAAGUACUCGGAGAAGCAUAUAGCAAAAGUUGCAAAAUCCUACAAAGCGUCUAUUAUACCAAUCCUUAUUGUCCCAUUAGUUAUGCGUACUAUCGAUGUUAUUAUAACGAUAGACGAUAUAUUUAGUGGAAGAAGCUUUCAAAUUUUCUUUCAAGAUGGAGCAUAUUUUAGGCACGAUUAUGGUUUGCUUCCUCUCUGGAGUGGUUAUUUGGAAAAGUUGUCAUUCAUGAUAUUUAUCUACUAUUUUUGGACUGGGAUAUAUGACGGAAUAAGACCAUUUGGAGUUGAUUCUACAAAACAGAUCAAAUUUCAAUGA